GCCUCUAGCGCCGUUUGCAGUCUAGUUAAACCACGUCGGGGGUAUGUCGCCUCGCGGGACGUUGCUAUUCGCGGGAGAUGUCAAAUUUGAUAUGGAUCAGUACGAUGUGAUGCGCGAUUAGGGAUAUUAAUAUAACCUCUGCUUAGUAUUGUCUGUAGGUUAGAUUAUUGUGUUCAUUUAGGAUGUAGGGACGUUUUAGGGGCUUGAAUGUCUAGGUGUUGAGUGCCUGAGUGCGGUCCGACGCGGUUAUAUUGUGUAGCCUGCAUAACCUUGACAUCAAUUUCCCGCGCUAGAACGCAGACUUAUCCAACACUCCUCUCAAAAUUGCAGCGUGGAAACUGUUAUAUUUAAAAUAUUUUAGACGUAAAAUGACUGUUAGAUUUUAAUUAAAGUCGUGAAGUUAAAUAGUGGUUAUCAAAAUGAUUCGAUUUAAAGAUAUAACUCCAUUAGCUGUCCAUCUAAUAAUCAUCGUAAUACUGCAUUUAACCGACUGCGACGUGGUAUCCGAAACCCCGAACGCAAAGGAUACCCGAUACAUUCCUGAACCGGAACUACUUCCGGUCCUACAUAACAACGACUCUAGAUGUAGAAUAUCGGAGUACCAAUGCGCCAAUAAGAAAUGUGUACCCAUUAACCGAUUUUGUGAUGGAAGUAAUGAUUGUGGCGACGCAUCGGAUGAACCAAGGCAUUGUACACGAUGCAACCGGACAUAUUAUGGAGACAUAGGCAGAACCUACGAACUGGAGCUUCACAGACCGCGGCAGGACCUGGUGCCUUAUGUCUGCCUUAUCACUGUCACUGCUGCUGGAGGUAUACAUGGAGAUCUUAUACAGAUUCUAUUUGACAGCUUCACACUCGGUCGCUUCACAUCGUUUACGGAAGAUGGAUGCCCAGAUGGCUACAUGCAGAUACAAGAAGCCAGUAGGCCCCAAGUGGGAGGCUCAUGGUGCGGGACAUCCUGGGGACCAUCAAUUUACUACAGUGAAACAAAAUCAAUAACUCUUAUAAUUCGGCUUCUGCACCUCUCCAAGGAACAAAACAACUACAACUUUGACUUCCGAAUGGCAUAUAAAGUUUUGAGAAAGGAGUACGCGACAGUUCGGUAUGGAGGGACGCCUCCCUCAGAGCGACCCUUUUUCAAAAUAAGACCCAAGCCAUAUCCCGUAAACAUAACGCGCGGGGAAGAUACGAACAUCGCGAGGCCAACUAAAGCCCGCGAGUAUUACCUCGGGGAUUUGAUUUCUGGGACUUAUUGCUCGAGAAUCUUCAGUGACUGCGAUCGUAAAAACUGUAGGUUACAAUCACCAAAUUUCCCUGGAGUUUAUCCGAGAAAUUUGACGUGCUACUACGCGGUUCGACAGCACGAGGUGCCCCAGGGGAAACAUGCCCUUAUUGUGGUUAAGCAACCAAAUGGGCAGCUGAUUUCCAUAAGAAGUCAGAAAGCGUUGUAUGCGACUAAUCAGCAAGAGCGGGGUAAUAGUGGACGGGAGUUGAAAUUUUGGGAGCAAUGUGAUGAAGUUCAAGACUAUGUAACCGUGUAUGAUGGCUACACGACGAGGGAUCCAGUAAUUUUGAGGUUUUGCGGAGGAGGAGUAUCAGUUCCGGAAGCAAUAUCGAGUGGCCCUGAGUUAUUAGUAGAAUUCACUACGUCACCUUUUGGAACCUUUUUGCAACCGGCAACUGCUCAAUCUUUGCAUGGAUUUCAAUUAGAAGUUGAGGUUAGAUUCGUCGAUCAACAAUCGCCGACCUACGCAAAAAAUAAGCGGGCCUGUGAGUUUUGGAUAAGAGGGACUGGCCGAGGUGUGUUGGAGCACCCUCAACACUCUUUACCGCCGAAUACAACGUGUCUAUAUCAUAUGCAGGGAAUCGAUACUUCUGGUCCUUCGGGCAAGAAUAUAUUUUAUCGACGACAAUUUUCAGCUCCGAGAUUUCGUGUCUGGUUCUCAGUAUUAAAAUUUUAUGUGACGAACGCUCUCAAUCCGAAUUUGCCUGAAGAUGAGUACUGCGGAAGCCAUUUGAAUAUAUGGGAUGGACCCAUGAGAAUAUCGCCUGGCUGCAGCGACAUUUUUUGUGACAAAGACCGCUCAGUACAAAUGUCUAGAGCCACCUCACCACAGUCAGUGAUAGUGGGUCGUCCUCCCACUAAUGCCACUUUAGUUGCGAGAUUCUGCCGCGAGAGGGCGCCGAGAACGUGUGAACAUGCGUUACUUAGAAGGUCGAGGGCCUGUGCUCGAACUGAAAGUUUUUUAUCAAAAGGCGAUUCUCUAACUUUAGAACUGAAAUUGACACAAGGGACCGCUCUGAAACCAGUUUUCUUCAAAGCGUUAUACGAGUUCGUUGACCUGCACCAAGAUGGAGAGCCAUGGGGUCAUGGUCCUUGUUCUAGGAGGUUUUCUUCUCGUUCUUUUCCCGAAGCACCACCGGACCCACCAGUAACAUUUUCAUCACCAAGAGAUGUUUUUCUCUAUGGCAGGGGAGGAAAUCGUAAUAUCAGCUGCACGUACCGAUUUGAAGCUAACCCUGGCGAGGUCGUACGGCUGAAGAUAUGGAGCGUCCGAAGUGGCGGAAGACUAUGCAGAUCUGUGCAUUCUGCUCACUCUCCGUGGUUCAGAUGUGGUGGCGAGGUCACGGCGGCUGUUAGAGUUUUCGACCGACCUUGGAGGGAUAGUGGGCCUGGAGUUCUACGGGAUUGUUUAUGCAGUGAUGUAUUUGACUACGAAUUUACAUCGACAUCAACUGUGGCUGAGUUGAAAUUUGACGUUGUGAAUAUGACAGCAAUGGAUGACUUCCGGUCUUUUGGAUUUGAGGCUUCAGUAGAGUUUGUGAGGGUCGAAUCCCAUUGUGAAGACUCACACAGAGUCCAUGGACCGAGUGGGGAGUUACUUUUGUAUUCUUCUAUUAUGGGUAUGGAUCAUUGUGACCAGCGUCCUUGGUUGAUUGAUCCAUCACCUGGUCGCUACCUCUACUUGAGGAUUGAAGGCAGUAUCAUAAAAGAACCAGACUUGGAUAACUUCACUCUUCUCAAUAAUAUAACCGUCGCUCCAGAUCUGCGGCACAUGUGCCGUACGCAGAACCGAAUAGCAGUAUAUACUGGAGGACUAUCGCCGGUUUACAUUUGUCCACUACCGCCCCAUAGACAGGAAGAGCAAACCGUAGAAAUUUUCUCCGAUGGUUGGAUUAAAGAAGUGGACCCCCUAGCAAAGCAUGUGUUAGCCCCUCCGCCAUCACCGGACCAUUUUGACCUGGAUUGGCCCAGAUCCCUCUCCGUUGAGCUGAUGGGCGUUGAGAGUGGAUCCUACUUUGUGACAUGGCUGGAACUGUCUAGGAGACAACCAACCGAACACGGUGGAGUGUUCGCACUGUCGGGUGACUGUCGCUACCGCUGCCCAUCUAUAGAUGCGUGCAUAUCCCCUGCACUAUGGUGCGACGGUAUUAGCCAAUGCCCUGACGGAGCUGAUGAGCGCCUUACACAAUGUUCCUCCUUCAUGAACGCUCCUUUCCAUUACCUAACAGGGCUGAUAGCGUUCAUCGCAUGUAUCGCCUUCAUUGUGGUCGCAGCAACUCGAAGUUGUCGGCGGCGCCGUUCCGCGCUCCAGCAUCGCCUGAAAAGUUUCUCCUCGGACACAGCAAUUUUCGAUGAGAAAGAAGUGAUUUGCUGACCAAGCGAAGACUCCGUGCGAUACGUGGAAGUAGACAGGGUCACUACGGUGUGAUUCUCCACGCACGGAGUCUGGAUUUUUCCUUGUUAAAGACGCAAUGACGUCACCGGGUCAAUGACACGACGGGCAUUGAACUCGAAUUGAGAUUGAAUAGUUUUAAAGCGAGCCUUCGGACCAAAGUGAUACCGAUUGGUCAGGAUACUGUUUAUAUCGUGGUAAUCUGAUUUUUACAUGACAGAUUCUCCUAUAUUAGCUCUCAUACAAAAUACUACAUUAAAACGCCCAGUUUAAUUUACUGGAAAGAAUCAAAUUUAAAGAUUUAUACUGCAAAACUUUUGUCUAUGGGCUAUGAAAAUAUCUUGCGUGAUGUUUUGGGGUAGUUGGUUAUAUUAGUUUUAAUGCUUUUAAUUGUUAAUUAGAUGACGAAAACAAAUCAAUAUUGUGUAUGGAGCUUAUUGAUUAACAAUAUUGACAGAUUUGCUUUGAGACAGGAGUGUGUAAGGAAAUCAUGAAUUAUCAGAAUACCAUAAUAUUAAAUUCGAAUUAUUUUAAGGCAUUUAAGUUUUUGGUUGACAGAUUUAUGUAAUCUUAAUGAACGCACAAUUUUUUUACCUGAUCCGAUCGGUUCAAGAAUGUACGAGAUAUUUGUUGUAUUCUCUUGUAAAUAAUUUAGUUGGAAUGUUCGUUAUAUAUUAAAAUAUCGUUGUGGCAAUAAUUAAAUUGUAUCAAAAUCGAAGCCUGCCCUGCCGCUCAAAUCAGUCGUGAAGCAGUCAUUUUACGAUUUGGCAUUCUGAUAAACAAUAAACUACAAGCUCCCUUCUUAUCAGAAUGUCAAAUCAUAAAAUGACUGCUUCACGACUGAUUUGAGAGCGACCGCCGAUGCGAAAACCGCUGUGUGAGUUCGAAAAGUGAGUUACAGAAUCGCAAGGCUGUGUUCCCUAAAUUCGUAUACGUGAUACAAUACUGCCAUUUAUGAAGUUCGUAUACUUUAACUGUAAUUUUAACCGAAAAAGUUUACAGUUUUUUUUAAUACCAAAAAUGAGUCUAUUGACGUGUUAUAUUUGUUUAAGGGUGCGUUUCACUAACACAAA